GAGCGAAAUUUCAUCCAUUCCGUUGUUUAUUACAGUCCCUUCUCAUUUCAUGCUCACCUCUUCAACUCUUCUAAACCUCUCGCUAUUCUCAAAACCCUAAACCUUCUCCUCCAUGGCGGCAACCACGACGGGCAUCUCUGGCGACAUUUCCGCGUCUCUAUCGGACAACAAAAGCGACUCUCCAUCAUCGCAGCCUCUCGAAAGCGAGGAAGAGGGGUUGGAGGCCGAAGAGGAGGCGCCCUCGAAUGUAGAACAAAUUAACGCAGCCGAUUUCGAGUCUGCAGCGUCAGAGGAAGUGAAGAAAUGGCCAGGAUGGCCCGGGGAGAGUGUCUUCCGGCUCGUCGUGCCGCUUAUGAAGGUUGGAAGCAUCAUUGGACGGAAGGGGGAGCACAUCAAGAAAAUAUGUGAGGAGACGCGCGCUCGCGUUCGCGUACUCGAAGGGAUCAUCGGUACCAACGAACGCAUUGUUCUAAUAUCUGCCAAAGAAGAACAAGAUGCCGAAUUAUCACCUGCUAUGGAUGCAGUCUUACGAGUAUUUAAACGAGUCAAUGACAUACCAGAUGGUGCAGAAGAUGGUGCAGAUCAGGCAUCUGCUGCUGCUUCUAUUGGCUUAUUGGUGGCAUCUUCACAGGCUCUUAACUUAAUUGGAAAGCAGGGCACAACGAUCAAGUCUAUUCAGGAGAGUACUACUGCAACCAUACGAGUCCUAUCUGGAGAUGAACUCCCACAUUAUGCAACUGCGGGUGAGCGAAUCGUAGAAAUCACUGGUGAGUAUCAGAAGGUAUUAAAAGCACUUGAGGCUGUGGUGGGGCAUCUCCGGAAGUUUUUAGUUCAUCACAGUGUACUACCUUUGUUUGAAAAAUUUUUGACAAUGCCAGCUGCUCAAGAUUCUGAACCGGAAGCAUGGGGUGAGAAAACGCAGGCCUUGACGCAUUCAUCUCAUACUGGAAUUGGCAAGCGAGAUUCCUUAUACCUUGAUCAUGAAUACCAGUUUGAUUCUCAGUUUCCGCACAGUAAUCUUUCACUGUAUGGGCAAGAUCCUGCUUUAUCUGGGCUGAGAUCAUCUGGGAUGGGGCUGGGCCGUACUGCUGGUGCUCUAGUUACUCAGGUGACGCAGACAAUGCAAAUACCAUUAUCCUAUGCAGAGGACAUCAUUGGUAUUGGAGGGGACAAUAUAGCAUAUAUCCGUCGUACUAGUGGGGCAGUUCUUACUGUUCAGGAAACAAGAGGCGUGCCUGAUGAAAUUACUGUUGAGAUUAAAGGAAAUGCUUCCGAAGUUCAGAAGGCUCAACAAAUUAUUCAAGAUUUUAUCGCUGCGCAUAAAGGCCCAGCGCCGAGCAGCUAUGGAAGUGCUGAUACAGGUUUGAGGUCAUCGUACUCUCAUUUUGGCGGGUCUAGCUAUUCUUCAUCCCUCUCUGCAGCAUCACUCAGUGGAUAUGGAUCUACAGGACUCGGAGGUUAUGGAAGUUACAGAUAUGGAUUCUCUGGAUAGCUAGCUAAUGAACUAUCUAAGCACUGUCUCCUUGAUAAUGAUUGCCAAACACAAGGAAACGUUGAUGUAAAAUUUUUAGUAAUGAGUGCUCUCUACAAGUGCAAAAAUUGCUGAGAACGCCUUAUUUUGUGACCAGAACGCACUUCUAAAGUAGGAUCAGCUUUUUCAGGUAUAUGUUUAUUCUUUUUAAUCCGGCAAAAUGACUUGGUGGAUUUUGCUUGCAUGAAUUCUACUUAUCGAAUUAUGAUAUGAUAUUGCAUAUGGUGGGUAUUA